AUGAAAGAAUCAUACAUAAAACUACUUGUGUACAAAUAUUUUUUUGUCCCUCUUCUUCUCUCUAUACCUUUCCUCCUUUAUCUUUCUUACAAGACCUCACUGGAUUCCACCACCAUCACCGUGGUAGAACCACCGCCCUCCUCCACUGAUCCUCCGGGUCUGAAGAUUCGACCAGGAUACACCUCCUAUGAUUUUUACAUACAACGCCAGCUGAACAAGACUCUCAACCAGAAACUCCGGAAAAUAUGGACAACCCGUGACUGGAACCGGAAAAUCCAUGUCUUUUCGGGCUUCUUCAAUGAUCUGAAGAAGAAGAAUUUGUUGUUUAAUUCUUUUAAAGCUCUCUGUAUUGGGGCCCGAAUGGGACAAGAAGUUGAGGCUCUAAAACGGGUCGGAGUAUCCGAUUCAAUCGGCAUUGAUCUGGUUCCAUCUCCACCGUUGGUUAUGAAGGGUGACUUUCAUUACCAGCCGUUCGAUGAUGAGACUUUCGACUUCGAAUUCUCCAAUGUUUUUGAUCACGCGCUUUACCCGGAUAAAUUCGUGGACGAGAUCGAACGGACGUUAAAGCCGGGUGGGCUGUGUGUUUUACACGUGGCGCUAUCAAGACGGUCGGAUAAGUACUCGGCUAAUGACUUGUUCAGUGUUGAGCCGCUCAAGAAGCUGUUUAAAAGAUCCGAACUCGUUCAUGUUAGGACCGUUGACGGGUUCGGCUUGGAUACUGAAGUGGUUUUCAUGAAAAAUAAGUAA